AUGGGCAAAACCAAGAAUUUCAAGGGGCGAAGCUCAAAUGUGGAGCGCUAUUUAAAUAGUUGUGGCCGAGAAAUUGACAUUUCGGGUCUAAUAGCGCCAAAUCUUGCUGCUGGAGCAAGACUUGCAGCAAAAAACGAAAGUUCUUCUUUGGACGAAAAGACUGCAAGAACCUACGAGCUACGGCUCAUUGCACUGGAAACGUUUGCUGCCCAGAACGGCGACGAUGCUGUACUGUUCGGGCCAAACAAAAGGCCCUUUUUAGCGGCCACAUUACAAACCUUCAUGCGUAAGUAUUACUUCUCCCAGUGUAACGAUCUCAGUAAUAACAGAAGACGCAAGUUACGACAAAAUCGGCUAUGAAUGACCAUGCGGUUACGAGUGAAAUUUUUAUUUGAUGCGCCUGUAGUUAAAGUUAAAUUUACGUUUUACACUGUAUUUAACUGCAUGACUUUUGUUCAAAGGAGACCUGAUUUCCAUCACAUACAAUUACGAUUCGUUACCACAGUUUGCACUAUAAACGCAAAACCUGGUUAAAGAAAACUAAGACAUUUUUUAAAGCGAUCGCAAAAUGUGGCAUAUCUACUAAACCAUCAAUUGCGUUAACGCAAUAUGUGGUAUAAGAAGUAAAGGCAUAGUACAUACUUCUGAAACCACAGUUUGCAAUAACGCAAAACCUUUUUGAAGGAAAAGUAAGACAAAAAACUAAGCGAUCUCAAAAUGUGGUAUAUGCACUAAAACCAUAAAUUGCGUUAACGCAAUAUGUGGCAUAAAAAGUGAAGACCAUAGUUUUUUUUAAAAAAAGGUAGUUUCUUUUAAAUAUACACUUGAAUAAGAAGUUGUCUGAAACGAAAAGGAAAAUAAGUGCUUGUUUCACUUGCGGGGAUUGUAAAAAUUGGCGCGAAAAGCGUGUGCUCUGUACGUAGUUCACUCCCAGGCCAGGUUACCCAGUAUAUCGGGCCGUUCAAGAUGGCGUUGACUUUACGUAAAAUGUCCAUGACAAGGUUUCCCAAGGUUUUUUUUAUGAGAAUUGCGACAAGCUUCAACUCUUUUUGAAGCCCAUCUGCAGGGAGACCAAAAUCUAGAUGAAUUUUUUCUUCGGCGUGUAAAAUCGGUGAGCAAUUAACCAGUAUAUAAGUGUUUUUAUAUUUGUCUGAGCAUAUAAAACGAAUGCUGACGAAUGAUUAUUUUAAUAUUUCAAAUAUUAUACCACUACAUGAGAAAUUUCUGCAAUUUGAUUGGCUUAGAACAGUGGUAUUUCAGCUUAAUUUGAAAUACCUACAUGUGAAAAUUACAAACCUUUUGUGGGUAGUAGUAUAAACAAAUAAUAGCAUGAUUUGUACGUGAAAUUUGGCAUAAAUACCACUCGUGAUAUUUCAAAAUUGUCACAAAUUACCUAUAACAAUUUCGAAAUAUCACUUGUGGUAUUUAUGCCAAAUAUCACUCCAAAUCAUGCUAUUACCUAUACAAAUACUCUGGCAUACAGGAUAAUUAUAUACCUCAUUAGACUAUUUUUUUGCCUUUUUAUGAUAUUCUCUAAAAAAGCUUAAGCGUAUUAAAAUCAUAACACUUGUUUUUACAGAGGUGAUGGGAGAAAACAAAAGAAAAAAAAUUGGAACAUUACGCUGUCGUGGACUGAAGCCUCCUGUUAUCAGGGGCCACGCAGCGGCUUUCAACUAUUGGUUUGGUGCCUUUGGGCACACUGAACAAUAUAGUGAAACCGUUAUUACGGCUGAUGAUGGGUCUCGACGAGUAAUUCCAAAGGGAAACCCCAUGUCUUCACCUGGUAGGUUAUGAAAUGAGUCAAGGAGUAAUCUUUGCGGCUAUUGUCUGAUUCUGAUUGGUUUACAUUGCUCACAAUUCUGCGCACGUAGCCAGAUGUUGUGUUUAAUACCCUUUUAUUCCAUAAAUGAUAUAAUAAUACUAUAAGUACAUGUUGUAAAUACUCUGUACAAACUGGUGGGGUGGGGACAGGGGGGUCUGAAUCUCCCGCCUCCCGUACCUUUUACUCUCACUCCCCGCCCCCUUCCAUAUGGGUUCCCACCUCUUUGUUUUAUUUAUAUUGUAAGAUUUUACGCAAUAUUGCAAAAAUUUUCCUUUUCUCCAGGUUGCCGCCACUUUGGGAAUCCCGCUUCCCGCUGUUUCUCCUCCCGCCUCCUGUACACCUCCUGCCCCUAUUCUCCCGGGCUCCCGCCCCCCUCCACAAACUGGGAGUGAUAUAAACUCAAUCACAUUGCUAAACCAAUUAGAUUAUGAGCUCAAUUAUGGUUUCGCCCUCAUCAACUAUCAAGCUGUGGAAAUUGAGUGAGAGUAAUUGUUUUAGUAUCAAUCUACUUGUCAUUCAAAACGUAGCAACAAAAUUACUCCAAUCUUCUUCAGAGACACUGAAAAUGGCUUACAAAUACAAUAAAGCAGCCCCCAUUUUGUUAACAAUCGCUACUUACUAAUCUAUCACAGAAUAAAUAACAGGUAGCCAAAUCAGAAAACAGCAUUGGGGAUUGAAUGCUAUUAGAUUCUUACCAUAUUGCCUGUCCCAGCUGAAUACCGGGAUUGAUUUUUUUUUUGGUAUCUAAUGGUAUGUGAAAGAGACCCUCUUGUAAGAAGAAUUUUUUGUUAAGUUAUAGAUGUCAAAUGGGCCACAUUUUUUCUUCCAAAGAAACCUAGUACUAAAAUCCGAUACUUGAUAUUGUUUUAUAAUUCCGUCAUAUUUGUUCACAGCUGUACAGCAAACAAUUAAGCAGCUUUGUAAGAGGGCACUUCGACCUACUACAAAAGAUCUGCAUCGAGGAAGAGUGCCCUACGAGCCAAAAAAAGCCCUGCCGUUUUCACUUGUGCAGUUACUG